AUGGAUGCUUAUCACUUAUUACUUGGAAGACCAUGGGUGUAUGACAAGUGCGCUAAAUAUGAUGAAAACCUUAAUACCUAUUCUUUUACAAAGGAUGGACGUAAUAUUAUUUUAAUACCACUGAAUCCAGAAGAAAUUGCUAAAAGUUUGAAACCCAAGAAUGAUUCUUUUGUGACCAAAUUACAAACAAUUGGUCCAAUAAAUAGAGAAAAGUCUUUGAAUAUUGGUAUUACUAUGGAAGAGCACAAGGAGGAGGAGCAUGCAUUAUAUCCACAACUUGAGGAUUUACCUCUGAAGUUUGAUGAUGAUCCAUUGGAGCAUCCCAUAUGUGAGCUUAACUUUCGAACUAAUAUAGAUGCUCAAUAUAAUAUCGAUUUUAUUGUUGAUUAUAUCCUUCCAAACGAGGCAACAUAUUGCACUAAUCCAAAAAUCCAUGAAAUUUUGCAAACACAAGAGGAAGGGUUUCUUAAAAAGGAGUCCAUAAUGGAGGGUUUGAGUUCAUACUUUGUUCCAGCUUUUUUCUUGCCUCCAUAG